AUGGGGAAGGAGGACAAUAAUCCCCACGAGUCCGUCGUGUCGGGAAAGGAGAAUGACAGCAUCAAAGACGAGACUCGGCUCCGUGCCGUCCAGGAUGUCGCCCUGGGGGAAAUGUUGGCUGUCGAGUCGACCCCCGCCCUGGAGAAGAGGGUUGUCUUGAAGUUGGACAUGAUCAUGCUUCCCCUCAUGGGUGUCGUCUAUAUGAUGCAGUACAUGGACAAGUUGGCACUAAGUCAAGCCACCUUGUUCAACCUCCGACAAGACCUGAAUCUUCAAGGCCAGCAGUAUAGCUGGACCUCAGCCAUAUUCUACUUUGGCUACCUCGUCUGGAGUCCCAUCAGCUCCUACCUAGCUGUCCGCCUACCAAUCGGCAAGUACCUAACUGUCGCCGUAAUGAUAUGGGGAGUCAUCAUGAUGUCCCACGCCGCCACCAAGAACUUCACCACCCUAAUGGUAGCCCGAUUCUUCCUCGGAGUCGGCGAAGCCGCCAUAGCACCUGGGUUCUCGCUCAUCGUCGGAAUGUUCUAUAAGCGCGAGGAGCAACCAGCUCGCCAAUCCGCCUGGUUCCUGGGCAACUCCAUCUCCGUGACAAUCGGUGGUCUCGUCGCCUGGGGCAUAGGAAACAUCAGCAACAGCCACGUAAAGAGCUGGCAGCUCCUCUUCCUGGUUCUGGGCGCCAUCACCUCCGGCCUAGGCAUCUUGCUCGCCGUCCUCCUUCCCGACUCGCCCCGGAAAGCCAUCUUUCUCACAGAGACGGAGCGCUCCGUCGCCGUGCAGCGCACCCUCAAGAACAAGACGGGUAUUCUCGAUGAGAAUGAGUUCCGGUGGUAUCAGGUUCGGAUGGCCCUUCUGGACCCGCAGAUCUGGCUGCUGGUUCUGUACCAGUUUUGCAGCAACCUUUGCAAUGGGGGGAUCACCAGCUUCUCGGCAAUUCUAGUCAACGGUUUCGGAUUCCCACCUCUGGAAUCCCUCCUGCUGCAAAUGCCCUCGGGUGCAGCCCAGCUUGUAUUCCUGCCCAUCUCCGCCGCCGUCGCCCGCUUCGUGCCCAACAUGCGCAUCACCCUCAUGAUGAUUAACACAUCCAUCUCCAUGAUGGGCAUGAUCCUCGUCUGGAAGCUCGACGAGGAUAACAAGAGCGGUAGAUUGGUGGGACUGUCGUUCGCCUCCGUCUUUGGCGUCAACUUUCCUCUCGCCCUCAGUCUCAUCUCCUCCAACAUUGCUGGUUUCACGAAACGCAGCGUCUGCAGCUCCAUGCUUUUUAUCGCCUACUGUACUGGAAACAUUGUCGCGCCACAAUUCUUUCUUGCCUCUGAGGAGCCUGACUAUCCUACUGGGCUCAAAGGUGCCAUUUCUGGCCUUGCCCUCGCAGUAUUCUUCUUGCUCUGCCUACUCGUAUACUACAUCUGGGAGAAUAAACGUCGAGACGCCAAGUAUGGCCCGCCUUCGCAGCUUACAGAGGAGGAAGAGCGCAUGCAGGGUCUGCUCAAUAAGACGGAUCGCGAGCUUGAAAGUUUCCGUUACGUCAUUUGA